AGCUAGCUUCUUCCAGCAAUCUGUCUAGUUCUUCGGUCGCUGUGUGUGUUUGAUGAGGUGUGGAGGAAAGAGGAGAUGUGGUCCUUUUUUGCCAGGGAUCCAGUCAAAGACUUUGCUUAUGAAAUUCUUCCAGACACGCAAGAAAAGUCUGGAAUAUGGACUCUACAUCGGGGGAAGCGAAAGACCAGUGGAGAGCCAGUGUCUGUGUUUGUGUACGAGGUAGCACAGGGUACAGAGCAGCAGACCCAGCUGGCCAAGGCUGCCUUCAAACGUAUGAAGACCCUGCGUCACCCCAACAUCCUGGCCUAUUUGGAUGGAUUAGAGACAGAGAAGAGCCUGUAUCUGGUUACUGAGCAAGUGACACCCUUGGCAGUCCACCUGAAGGCCCAGGCAGAGAAGGGCGGGGCAGGGGAACUGGAGAUCUCCUGGGGACUGCACCAGAUAGUGAAAGCUCUGAGUUUUCUGGUCAACGACUGCCACCUGCUCCAUAACAAUUUGGGUAUGUGGGCUGUUUUUGUGGAUCGUGCUGGGGAGUGGAAGCUAGGGGCCCUUGACCAUGUGGUCCCAGAGCAGGACGACCCAAGCGGGGUCUCACUCCCUGCCCCAAAAGCUGUUUACCCAGACAUGGAGAAAUACGACCCACCAGAGAUGUCAAACAGCAGUGGAGAGAAAUGGGCAGGGGAGGUGUGGCGGCUAGGCUGCCUGAUCUGGGAAGUGUUCAAUGGGCCACUACCUCGCACUUCCUCCCUUCGUUCACUGGGAAAGAUCCCCAAGGCCCUGGUGCCACAUUACUGCGAGCUGGUGGGGGCCAAUCCCAGGGCUCGGCCUAACCCAGCCCGCUUUCUCCAGAACUGUCGAGCCCCCGGAGGAUUCCUCAGUAACAGCUUUGUGGAGAGCAACCUUUUCCUGGAGGAGAUACAGAUCAAGGAGCCAGCCGAGAAGCAGCAGUUCUUCCAGGAUCUGAGUGACAAUCUUGACUCCUUUCCCGAAGACUUUUGUAAGCACAAGGUUCUGCCUCAGCUGCUCACCGCUUUCGAGUUUGGAAACGCAGGUGCUGUUGUCCUCACACCGCUCUUCAAGGUAGGGAAGUUCCUUUCAUCAGAAGAAUACCAACAGAAGAUCAUCCCUGUCAUCGUGAAGAUGUUUUCCUCCACAGACCGAGCCAUGAGGAUACGACUGCUGCAGCAGAUGGAGCAGUUCAUUCAGUAUCUGAAUGAGGCAGCGGUCAACUCCCAAAUUUUCCCUCAUGUCGUUCAUGGCUUCACAGACACCAAUCCUGCCAUUCGAGAACAAACUGUCAAGUCUAUGUUGCUACUGGCUCCAAAACUGAAUGAGACCAACCUGAACCAGGAGCUCAUGCGUCACUUUGCCCGGCUGCAGGCCAGAGACGAACAAGGCCCGAUCAGGUGCAACACCACUGUCUGCCUGGGCAAGAUCGCCUCCUACCUCAACGCCGGGACUCGACAGCGUGUUCUGAUUUCUGCCUUCUCACGAGCCACUAAAGAUCCCUUCCCAGCUUCGCGUUCCGCUGGUGUGCUGGGCUUCGCUGCAACACACAACUACUACAGCGUAACAGAGAUCGCUGCCCGCAUCCUCCCCACCCUGUGUACCCUUACUGUUGACCCUGAUAAGAGCGUCAGGGACCAGGCAUUCAAAGCCAUCAAGAGUUUCCUUUCCAAGCUGGAGGCUGUGUCAGAAGACCCCACCAAGCUGGCUGAUAUCGAAAAGGAUGUAUCGUCAUGUGCUCAGCCUGCAGGUGCGUCUUCCAGCUGGGCCGGCUGGGCCGUGACCGGCAUGUCCUCAAUAACCUCUAAGCUGAUCCGCAAUGCUCCAGGGACAGAAGGGGGCGCAGCAGCCGAGGGCAGUGGGCCGACCAACACCACUAGCCCUACUAGUGCCACCAACUCAGCACCUGCAUCUGGUUCUGAAGAUAAAACUCUGCAGGCGUCUCUCAGUCACCAUGCUGCCUCUAGUCGUGUCAACCAAUCACAGACUCUUGAAGUAACAGACAACGACGAUGAGCCAGUAGGAGACCGUUGGGAUGACGAGGAGGACUGGGGAAGCUUGGAGGAGCCAGAGAAAGCUCAUACUGAGCCCAGUGACUGGAACACUGACUGGUCAGGAAUGGCAUCAUCCAAAAAGAAGGCCAGUGACAGAGCAGUGGGCCGGUCAUCCUCAUCCGUGACAGUGAAAAAGCAGAGCUCCGACUGGAGCAGCUCAGGCUGGGACGCUGACGACAGCUGGUCCAACGAGAAGGAAGGCCAAGGUCAGAGCUCUGCAGGCGAGGAGGGCUGGGGCAACGACUGGGGGGAGGAGGAGACAGACACAACCAUGGACAACAAGGCGUUCCCCCUGCCCGAAGGGGUGCGGUUAGCCAGCGAGUACAACUGGGACAGCAGCAGCACAUCGAAGGGAGCCAGUCAGAACGACGUGUUCGCCAGCGUGUCCCAGAGAAACACCGCCAGCACUGCUGCCAUCACGGCUGGAGAUGGCUGGGGUGCAGAGGCAACAGGAGACUGGGGAACUGAGGAGAGCUGGGAGUCAGUGGAUGGAAGCCAGGGUCUUAGCAAGGCCGAGCUGUCCAAGAAGAAACGGGAGGAGAGGAGGAAGGAGCUGGAGGCGAAGCGGGCUGAGCGCAAAGCGGCUAAGGGUCCUCUCAAACUGGGCGCACGCAAGCUGGACUGACGAGGAUGGGAAGA